CAACUCCUCACCCAUUUUUCAAGCAAAUAAUGCUAAGCUGUCGAAGUAACAAAGCCCCCUGAAUCAUGUACGUCAUUCUUGAAUGACCCCCACUACCAUGAUGCUCCUUUUUUGCUACAUGCACAAAAACAAACAUGUGGUUACUGUUUUUCAUCUACAUUCUAUGGCGAGAAUUUUUUUUUUUGUGAGCUCUCAGACGGCAACCGUUGAGUGUGAAGCUCAUAGCACAGACAGUAAUAGUAGUCUGUAAAAAAACAUACGGAGCAGUCAAGAGAGUGAAGUGAGAAAGAGGCGAAGAAUUUUAAUUGUAAUUUUCCCAAAAGUAUAUAUCUUGGCCUGAUUAUUAAUUCAUGAAUUUGCGGCUGCUUCCCUCACUUAAAUUUAAUUUUAUUGGUUUUGGAUAAUUUUUUUUGCUGCUGCUCCUACUUCAUGAGAUGAAAAUUAACUAGACUUGCCUUAAAGGCACUUUCGAGACGUAAAAUAUUAACGGUCGUGAUGUGAAAAAUACCAUUAAAUAUAUCGAGAAAAUUAAUUAUUUCGACUUUGUGUAAAUAUUUAAAGGAAAAUUUGUUUAAAUGAGCUUUAAAAUAUAUAUGUCCGAAUGUACUGCCAGUGGGUGCCACAUUUUUCAGCAAGACGUUAAACAUUAUAUUUUUUUUUCAACUUCGAUCGUUGAACUGACUGCGACUGAGUGAUUGAAUUAUGUGAGUGAUAAUGAUGAAAUUCAAAAUAUUUGGACAAGAAAAAAAAAAUUAAUCUCAAAUUACUUCAACGGUGGUUCAUUGUAAAAAACAAUUUUAAUUGAGAUGUGAAUUUAUUGGUUGUGCUUCCUGUGCUGUGGAAUUUUCAUUUAAUUUGUGAGGCGUGUGUGCAUUUUGUUGAAGGUUUAUGAAAGUUAAUAGCUUAAUCAUUCUAUUGUUACUUGUUGUCCACCGAAGAGCCUCAUACAAUAAGUAAAUGACCUCCUUAAAUGCCCUCAUCUCAAAAAAAUCCUAAUAACUAAGAUCCACAUGAGAAUAUUUCCUCAUAAUUCCUUAAUUCAAAACACAUUUCUCUUAUCAUUCAUUCUCAAGACACCAAAUAACAAACAUUUUACAGAAUUAAAGCAUGAAACACAAUACAUUUCGUAUUGUUACGAGCUACAUUGUCAUAUGGACGCCAGAUGAUGCUUAUAUUUUUGCACAACAAACAAAAAAAAAGUUACAAAAAAAAUCUUUUUUCACAUGAAAUUAUCAGUUUGUGUUGUGGUUGUGAUGAUUAAUGAUAAAAACAUUUCUUGUUCAUUGCUUUUUUUGAGCUUGUAAUAUUUAAUGAAUUUUUUUUGUAUUUUUGUGAGGGGUUUGGGGGUAGUUUUGUAAUGGAAUUUGACUAUUUUGUGUAGUGUUGUAGUAUAAAGAGAGCGGUUUGGGCCAGAGCUUGAAGUCGAUGAAAUUUUGUAUGGAGUCGACUUCGCCAUACAAAAUCGAUGAAAAUCUCAAGUCGACUUUGAGCUCUGGUUUGGGGUCAAGACUCAAAUAUCUUGAUUAUAGAAUUUAUUUCGUACCCUUAACUCAAGCGAUACAUAAUAAAUGAAUGACUUGAACCCAAAAACAGUGUGUUUGGGAAACCAAAUGGCUACAAAGGGAAGCCUUGUGUGAUUGCUUCUGUAAAUUCAUUAAAUUAUCAAUUAAAAUCUCGAAAAUCAUAAUUGAAUUCCUUAUUUUAAGAUUUGAACCCAAGAACAUGCCUUCAAAUUCUAUUCCUCAUCAAUCUACAAAUCCAGAAACUUUCUCAAAUUAUCCAAUCACUGGAAAUAUUGUUCACAAUUGAUAUUGAUCCACAUCUAAUAUACGAAUACAAACUAAUAAUAUUAUUCAUCAAUUUUAUACCACACCCCGUAAUUUAAUAGAAAAACUUUUCAUUUUGCAAAUCAUAAAUUGCUUUCGCAAGAUUCAUCAAUUCAGUUCCAGUUUCUCUCAAAAAAGACUUCAAAAAAAGAAUGAAACUUAAAAAAAAACAAACAAAAGAAAAACUGAUAUAUUUCUUAUUUUUUAACCCCCACCAGACCCCUCUGUUCCUCAGAAUAUUGUUCAUCUCCAAUUUUUUAUAUAAGCCUCAAAAACUUUUCGCAUUUUUUAUUCUUCUCAUUUUAUUGCAAAUAUAUUGAAACGUUUUUCAUAAAUAUUUAUGAAUCUUUUGCCUUUCCUCUGCACACAGAUUUUUCAUUUUCAUGAAGUUAUUUACCUCCUUUCAAUAUUUUAUUCUCACUUAAAGCCACAAAAGUUGCAUUAACAUUUUUUUUAUGUACAACAAAAAUUCAUAUGUGCUCAUGCCGUAAAAGAAAACCUUUCAAUAACAUUAUUGGAAAGUCUUGCUGUGCUUUCACAUGUGCGAAUAUGCGAGUGCAUUAUUAUAAGUCAUGAAAAAUCCAUAAAAACGGUCUGAGAAAUAAAUAAUAAAAAAUAUAUAUGUAUAUUUGGGAAGAAAUAAUUGUGGAAGAAACAGAACAGGCAAGAAAAAUCUCUUUUUAUCUGUUUUGUUUCCAAGAAGAUGCAGAAUAACAAGAAGGAAAGAAUUAUGAAGGAAGUAAGGGAUGAAUGACGCCUUAUUAUGAGUUUUCAAGGGGAUUUGAAGGUGUAUGAUGGAAUUUAAUGAAAAAAAAAAUCAUUAAUAACUUUUGGAUGUUCAGAUUUGACUGCAAACUAUGUAAUGAUUUGUCAGUGUAUGAUCUAGGAUAUUAAUCCAUUUAUAGACUUUUCUGCUCGUAGGUAACUUAGAACAUUGUAGCAUAGUGAGUUGGAAAUAGAAUUCUGUAAUACUGGGUUUAGUUAAGACGUGAGUUUGAAUCCUACUAGUGUAUCUAGUCAAAUAAGAUGACUUUUACAGUUCUAGAAAUUAAUUUGACUGGCUGGUUAGGUUUGUAUUUUAAAGCUUUAAUUACAUUAAAUGAUUAGAAGUCAAACUAACGUGGUUUCAAAACAAGAAAUAUAAUUUGUAGUAGGAUCUUACCCAACUUUAGUUGUAUUAAACAAAAAUUUCAAAUUAAAUUCAAUUUAAAUAAUUAGCUUUAGUCCAUGAUAUCUCAACAUAGUGUCGCGGCACACUAAGUUUAGUCCAUACAUAGAUUUUAUAUUCAGAAAGAGGGUCUCUAAGAUAAUAUUAAAAAUCGAGCCCUACGGUCUAUUUCUAUUUCCCACUAUCACCCCCCUAAACUCCUGUAAAUUCUCAUCAAAAACCACAAUAAAACACACAAAAAGAACAAUUUUCUUACAAUUCAUCCUCAACAAUACCGCAAAACUACUUUAAUUAAUAUCCAAAAGCACACAAUAAAAACAAGAAUCAAAACAAAAAGAGAUGAUCUCAAUAUUAAAAAAUUUAAUCCCUGCUAUAUUCGUUAUUAUUACAGCAAUUGCUAUGAGCUGUGCAUUCACAAAAAAAAGAAGAUUCCUCUCUUGCAUCCCAAUAUUCCAAUUUUUUAAUUUCUUUCUGUUCAUUUCAGCGUAAAAAGAUUAUCUGAAAUGAAAGAAACUCGCGGCUUUCAUGCCACAAGCAUAUCUUGCUAUGGGAUUUAAAAUAGCACAACCAAAAAAUGUUGCUUGUUUACAGAAAAAGAGAAAAUAUAAAAAAAUUAUCAUUCCUACUUCUGACUUAAAAUAACUGACCGUAAACAAAAAUUGCUGUAAAAUGCCAUUUUAGUUAUACAGCUGCAGAGGCACAAGGACCACAAGAUGAAACACAGAGCAAGAAAAAAAAAUAUGGCAAUAUAAAUGGGUAAGUGAACUCGCGCCACAACUGAUGAUGAUGAUGAUGAUGACGACGUGGUGGUGGUAGCAGCGGUAUGGGACAGUAAAGUAACAGCUACAAAAGUGAAAUUUAUGACGGGUUUGUGGUGGAAAAUAAAUUUUUAAUGGUACUUUUGGUGAAGCAUAUACACACACAUUUAUAACUCGUAUAUGCCACGAUGAGUGCCAUAAAUUACAUAAUUGGAUGAGAUCACAUCAACAACAGGCAGCAGAGGAAAUCUAAAAGUGCUUAGAGAGUUCCAUGCUUCCUUGCAUUCAAUAGUAACAAAAAAAAUGUUCUCCUUCUUGUUAUAUCCCCGGCAAAAAAUACACACGAAUUUAUCUAAUUUUCGACAUUUCACGACGAUAAAGGCACAACUAAAGCCAGUCGAGUGCACAUGUCGAUAAAUAAAAAAAAGAUGAUUUUCGUUGUGUAUGGAAUGGGGUAGAAGAGAAUACUAAUCAACAUAUGGAAUGUAAAGAAGUAUGGAGCAAUCUGGCAAGAGCAUCAAAAAGAAAAUGAUAAUCUACAUCAUAGUGUAUUAGUGAAUGAAAACCUGGCAAAGCUAUGGAAGCUGAAUUAUUGAGGAAAAAUAUUUAUCAGAAAAAUCAACGAUGUGUAACUUUUCUUGCUUGCUGUUCAUAAUAAAAAAAGACAUGAGAUACAGGAACAUUAAAUUUGAAAUUUAAUUCAAGACGUCGCCAAUCUUCGGAUCAUUAAUCAGAAUGAAUAAAGGCAAAGGAAGUUGUAGACAUGAGAGAUGAAAUUAUGUAUUAUGCCCAUUCUAUACUCGGUACAUUAACAUAAUAUCAUAAACCUUCCCACCUCAAAUCCAACUUCCUUCUUUCUCAUCUUUCGCCUCAAGUCUUAUCAUAUACAAAAUGGCAUGGCAAGAUGGUAACGGCAUGGAAAUUUUUUAAGGACAUAUACAAUCGAGUGGCAGAUGAGGCAUGACAAACUACACGCUGAGGAAUUAUUUUUUUGUUUUGUGGACUUGAUGAGGAGGCAAUUGAUGAGGCUCAGAUGCUGAUUUAUUGAAAUUGAUGAGUUUUUUGAAAAUAAAAUUUAAAGUUAAUUUUACUUAAGAAAUUGUCAAGUUUUACUUUUACUGCUUUGUACUGCCUUGUUACUGUUGGAUAAUCAUUCCAAGAUGUGAAUUUAAAAUUGAAACUUUAAUAAAAAUAGUUAAAAAAUUAUUUCGAAUUUUUUGAUUGAUUCUGAUGAUAUAAUUGACUUUCAGGAACAUUUUAAAUAUUUCAGAUUGACUGUCUUAUUAAAUAAAAGGUAGGUCAUGAUAGGAGCAUAGUCAGAAGGACCUCAAGCCCAAGUCCCCUCUUCUUGAUAUCAAAAAUUCAGAUUUUCAAUUUUUCUCCAUAUUUUUUAUCUGCUUAAUUUCGAAGAAAUUUCCUCAAACCGUACCUGUAGUAAGAUUAAAGCUGCUUAAAAUUGAAGCAGGAACUAUCAAAAUUUCCAGCCACCAAUACCAAUCUCCAUCCAAUUCCCACCAGUGUAUAAUGAGGAACAAAGAACAAGAAGAGUAAAAUAAAGAACAAAAAAAAAAUUAAAUUAAGAUAACAAGAAUGGAUUUGUUUGAGACACACAUAGCUCUGGCAUCUGAAAUUGAAAUUUGUGUCCUCACUCAUUCAGAUAUGCCAUAUACAGCACUAAAGAAAGGCGAAAUGAGAAAAGAUUUUUUUAUCUACCUUUAUUUUAUACCAUCGCCAUCAUCUCAUUGCACAUACAAAAGGGAAGAAAUGAGCAUUGCCAAGAGCACAGAGGAAUGUCGCUUUAAUUUACAUUUUAAUGGCAACAGCCAUGAUAAGAGUGGAGAAAUAUGCUACUACGACUAUAUGUAUAGAACUGAAAUGCCAUACACAAUCUUUUCUACAUUAUAUCGCCAUAAGCAAUGA